ACUGUCAGAGCAGUUCCGUGAGCGACAAACGGAGUCAUCAUUGAAACGCGAAGUGAAACUUUUCUCCUCGUUGACCAGUGUUAUUUCGCGUAGUGGCAGCUCAUCAAAAUGUCAAUCGCGUUUUCACGCAAGAAAGUGAUGUUAUUAGGGAAGUGAACAGUGGAGAAAACUUUGUAAUUUUUCGUGCGUGCGCGUCCCGUUGCCAUUCUCCGCAACAUACAGGUGGGAAAAUGCAGAAAAAUAAUUGUCUCGUCUCGGUGUUGAGUGUGUAAAUUCCUAAACCAAGUGUAGCAACAAAUCUGCUGCAAGCCACUUUACGCGCAGCUGGCUAGAGGCGAACAAAAAUGUUUACCAAAAAGUCCAACAUCGAUGUGAAAAAAUCGACGGCGAAAAUCCAGGACAGCAAGAAAGAUUCGACCGCACGGCUGCGACAUCUGAAGACAAUUCUAGACCACGUGGACAGCGAGGAAGCGAAAAACAUCUUCGAAACCAACUAUAGCCAUGUUUACUACAUCCUGUAUGACACGUUCGUUCAAGCCGAAGCCAAUCUACGUCAGCGAGAACUAUCGUUCCAUAUCGUCCACAAGACCCAUCGCGAGGAACUGGACGGCUCGCUAUGGCUGCUCAACAAAAUUCUCUGCCUGCUGCCGGAGCUAAUCGCGCGCCGUUGGCAGGUUCACUCGCUGGGCCGCAUCCUCGCCAAAUUGCUACACUAUGGCAACAGUGUAAAAUUGCGCAAGGAAGGUGUCCGCUAUUUUCUCCUGUGGUACCAAGCGCUCGGGGAUAACGCACCACCGUUCGUCCAUGGGAUGUUCACCGAGCUGGUCCCCGGUAUGACGAUUCCCCAGAAAGGAAAGAUCGGCCCAUUGUCGUCGGAUUCGGAGUUCAUAGCAACGGACGUGCUGAAUCAUCCGAACAUGAAGGGUGAACUGGGCGGGUCGGUGUUCCACGACACCGGAGCGCAUCCGGUGAAGUCUCCCGAAAUCCAACCCCUCAUUCCGCCCAGUUCCAACGAGAGAACGGCAGCUCCGGAUCCACGCGAUGGUCUGGAGAUUCUCCUGGACUGUAUGGUGCAAUCGUGCGGUUGCAUCAAGUGGAGAGACAACACGCCCCAGAAACACAUCCGGACAUUGAAUUUCCUGUUGGGCAAGUUUCGCGAACAGUAUUUGCCUGUGUUCUGCCCCAACUUCGACUACUCAACGUCGAUCUACGACCCAAAGCUGGACCUUCCGGCAAUGCGGCACAUAUCGAAGCGGGAGGAAGUGAUGAGCUCCUGCAUCGUGGUGUUGGUUAUCUGGAUCGCCAAGUAUACCCACGAGCGACACAUCAGCACCAAACUGGACAAUGUUCAAAUUGACGAGGAGGUCGUGGGUGAAAAUGCGUCACUUUUGUCCAACCUCCGCCAUAUGGGCUACACACAGACUCAGCUGGUGCGAGACGUGCUCUACUCGAGCCGGGACACGAUCAACUUUGUCCACGAAAUCUACCGGCAAGCGUUUCUAAUGUCAUUCACAUCCAAAAGCCAAAUCGAGGCAAUGCGUAUAGCGAUUUCCGUGUAUCGAGACUGGAUGAGUACCAUUCCGCCACCGCCCUUCCUACUCGAGCCGGAUACGAGCGACUCAUCGCUGUCGGGAAGUUCAGGGGAACUGCAGCCCCACAGUGGCGGUGGACGUCCAGCGAAUCAACGUCUCCGGACGGAUUCCUAUCUGGGAGCUAUCUCGAAGGAAAAUGUAAUCAUUCGGGCUGGUCUACAGAACGUUCUGCAGGUCUUUGUGACCAACGCCGUUAACGUGUUCAUGGUGAACACUGCUCACCUAAACAUUCAUUUUCAAUCCAAAACGAACAGUGACGGAUUUGCCACUCCGCUCGACGAACAGACGGACAUCUGCAAGAGAGUACUGAACAUCUACAGGACGAUGGUGAUGAAAACCCGAAUGGAGGCCAAAACAUGGGAACAGCUCCUGCUAGUGUUGCUCCAAGUAACCUCUGUAAUUCUGCAGAACUCGCCUCCGAAUGCGAAGAAGAAUAACUUGGGUGGACGAUUGGCUCAACCCAUUUUUCAAACGUUAAUCGUUACCUGGAUUCGAGCCCACACCAAUGUUGUGGUAAACCCCGGUUUGUGGGACAAAUUCCUGAAGGUGUUAUCCUCGUUGACCCAUCGAGAGGAGCUGAUUGUUGAAUGGGACAAAACAAUGCAAACGUUGACGCGGGUUCUAGCCAGACAAGUGUACAACAUUAACUUAUCGGAUUUACCAUUGGAUCGGUUGGCAGAACAGAAAGGAAAAAGAAAGCGAGGAACCCCUUCGAAUUGGACCCAAAGUUCGACCACUAGUGAUAGGCCAGACAAUUCUGCGGUGCAGUGCAAUAGUAACGGAAAACCUAUGAUCGAGGAAACCGGUGGCGAGGAAAUACGCCUACAGGGUCACGGUAACGCACUCAGAAGCAUUCCGGGAACCCCGUCGUUGAACAGAAGUUACAGUGAAGGCAGCCUGGCACCUUUCCGGAAGUCCAGAACCAGGAGAAGAGUUCGAAAUAAACAGCAAAACUCGAAUCAGCAGCACGUUGCGGCGCUACCGAUGAUGGUGGAGCACUCGUUGAAUCGGAUGCUUUCUAACACCUCCGGUGGUGGGUUGAGUAUCAGCAAUGAGCAUCUGGAUGUGUCGAGAUUUUCCCAGUGUGACGAAUCGAUUGUGAUCGGACCUCCAACGAUACGACGCGCACUUUCAUUGGAUUCAAUCAGACCUCCGCCUGGUAAGAAUCGUUCGGUGGGAAAUGACAGCGAUAGUUACCGGUGCGGAUCGAGGAGUCCCUCGCCAACGGCAUCCAGUGGAAUCGAGAGUGGUUCGAUAAAAGAUUCACCAAUGCAAAUCGACGUUUUGACAGCAGAUAGCUCUAGUAUAGAUACGCAAGAUGAAAACAGUGCAGUUUCGGCGGACAGAAGAUCUAUUUUGGCGGGUGGAACGGCUAGGGGUUGGUUACCAGACGUAGCGGCUAUCAUGUGGAGGCGAAUGCUGGGUGCGCUGGGAGACGUUAACAAGAUUCUCAAUCCGAAACUACACGCACAGGUAUUCCAAUAUUUGGUGAAUAUCACAGAGAGUUUGAUUAAGAUACGGAUGAAUCAGGGGAUAUCGUUAGAUGGUCAACCUAUUCCGCUUCCGUCGAAUCUCGUCCCACCAAUCGCGCUGGUUGCGCCCUGGUGCUACGGAGCAUUGACCCUAGAUGGGCAAUACAGUCAGGGUAAACUGUACGCGAUGCAAUUGCUCUGUACGAUCGUAAAGUCAGGGGCCUCCCUGGUAAAUAAUCAAUUUCCUCUGUUCUACCAUGCACUCCACCAAGCACUCUCCGGAGAGGAUCGAGCCAUGGCGUACACAGCGCUAAGGUAUCUAGAAGGACCGAGAUUUCUAAGCUUGCUUCUCCCGGGCCACACUUUGCUUCUACUAGAUUUUGUCCAUGCCUGUACGAUCGUGCUAACAUCUUCGGAGACGGGUCCACAUGCUCCACGAGCUCAAGUUGCUGGUCUGCUUGGCUCAUUACUGUGCUUUCCGAAGACAUCGCUACCGGGUCCAGUUUUACAACCCUCGGAACCCAAUAUUGAGCUUAUGGAGUGUCCAGAUCUCCAGGAGCACGUACUCAACGUCGUACUUCGUUGUGCACGCCGGGAGCCCACAGCCAAAGCUCGCUGUAUUGCGAUUGCAUCACUCGGUCAGUGGAUUCUCCAAAACCUUACCAACCCGUCCACGCCCCAAGUGUCCACCGGUACCGAUUCCAACUUCAAGCAACGAAUACCACAGGUUCAUCCCAAUGCGACUGCUGGACGAGAUGAUUUCAUAGUAAACAUGCGCGUUCGCGAGGCUUUCCAGGUGAUUCUCCAAGCCCUCCAAUUUAAACAUCGAACCAUAGCCCGGCUUGCGUCGGAAACGCUCAAGCUCUGCGCCGAACAGGGUCGACGUAUCGAACGGAUAGAUCGGCUGCCGGAAUUGAUUAUUGACACCCUCUGUCUCUCGCUUGAGAUCCAAAACGUUCCACACCCGAAGGAUUCGGACAAAACCGUACUUACUUCCUUGCUGCUCACGCUGGGUGAAUUUUGCAUGUCCUUCUCUGUGGAUACGUUGCAGCGCCCGAAAGGUUCAGAUACUGACGAAAGCUUGGUUCAUGUUGUGUUCAAAGUGCUCUAUAAAAUCGCAAUGGGUGUUCACAACGGGGAACGAAUCAAACUCUUCACUACGGACGAAGACUUCGAUAUGACCAUCACGUUAGAUGAUGUGCGGGAACAAAACGCUACAACAGAACCCACCUAUCAAACGCCAGAAUCGAUUGCCAGCUGUCAGUCGGCGAUUCGACUUUGUGCCAAAACGGUUGCGAUGCACUUGAUCACCAAUCUGGGACACUUCCCGAUGGGAAUUGGAGCGACACGCCUCAGCUCGCUAGUUGACGAACAUGAUGAUCUAACAACCGGCGGCUCCAACACUAUGCAACGGGAUAACUCCAUGGGUAAUAGAGAUUCGUUGGAUCUCGGCGCUACGCAGGUGCUGAAUUCGCCGAAUCUGCAAUUGCUAAUGCUGAGCUCGGAACUAGUGGCUAGUUUUAUUGAGUUACCUGCUCUCAAACUACCCGGUGGUGGGGCAACUGCAGGUUUGGCCACGGCUAACCGCCAAGUACGAUUACUUCUGCGAGAUUUGAACGGAAAAGCAUGUUGGGAUGCGUCAAUACUCUACAAAGAACCUAAUACAAUCGGGGGAGACGCAAGCCGGCUGAAGGAUUACUAUUCAAAUGGCGAUAAACAAAGCUCGACAUUCCAGUUCCGACCUGGUGGUGGAUCAAGUAGGAUCUUCCCAGGUGCUGUCACUUCCAUCGAUCCCAUGAUGUCAACCAUAGGACUUCCCAUAGCACCACUUCGACACACACUACGCCACAGACCUGUGCAUCAGCUACCAGUGGCGAAAGAUCUAGCCCCCGAUUUGGACCAGCUAGAUGAUCUACUGCAAUACAUUGGCUAUACGAGUCCCGAGUGUCUGGACACAAACGGUUGCCCCCUUAAUACCGCUGGGCCAUCGCCUCUUGGUCCCUCCCUCGAAGCACAAACAAUUUCCAUUAUUCUCAACCAGCGAGCAAUAGAGAUGGAAUACGUUGCCCGACAGAAUGCUGCCAUUGGUCAACUCGGAGAGUCUCCCGCUUACAGUUUCGGUGGAUCCGUAGGCUACACUUCCUUCAUUGACGAUUGUGCGAUUCCCACUACGAUGGGUCCGAGUGGAACACUGACCACUAAGCCUAAUACGUCCGUAGUGAUUGAUAGAAAUAUGUUCACUGUGAACGCUCCAACAGAAACCAAACCAUUCCAAUUCGGGCGCAUUCUGUUCAACCAGCUUGGUCUUGCUGGCUGGGAGAGGCGCAAGCGGACGCAUCUCCUUCAACGAACGGACAAAUUGCUGCGCGAGCUUCGCAAUCUAGACAAUCAGAAAUGCCGCGAAACGCAUAAAAUGGCUGUGAUCUAUGUUGCUAACGGACAGGAGGACAAGGGUACCAUACUGAAGAACUCCUGUGGCAGCAGCACCUACGAGAUGUUUGUAUCAGCCCUGGGUUGGGAGGUAGAACUCGAAUCCCACAAUGGUUUCCUCGGAGGAUUACCGCGACAGGGCUGCGGCCAAACCGCUCCGUACUAUGCAACUCCGUUUUUGGAGGUAAUUUACCACGUGUCGACCCGUAUGCCAUCGGAUUCGCCCGAGGCUAUCCUGAACAAAACCAGACACUUGGGAAACGACGAGGUUCACAUUGUGUGGAGCGAACACAACCGUGACUAUCGGAGGGACAUUUUGCCGACCGAGUUCUGCGACGUACUGAUCGUGAUUUAUCCGUUGAAAAGCGGACUGUUUCGGGUGACGGUCAACAAGAAGCCAGACGUACCGUGGUUUGGUCCUCUCUCCGAUGAGGUGGUGGUGGGUGGUUCCUGCCUUGCGAGUCUUGUGCGAGCCUCGGCGAUAAAUGCGAGCCGGGCGAAGAGGACAUCACUGUCGCUAUAUCAGCAGUACUACGAGGAGCGCAAUCGAUCGAUGGAUACCGUGGCAACACGGCACAAGGAAAACAGCACUCUGGAGGACUUCAUUGCGAGGAUUUUCAGCCCAAUACCGCCCCAAGGAACCGUCUCUGGUGGUACAGUUGGUGUUAUCGGUGGGUCCAGUGGAACGACAGUGGCCACGAGUGGAGUGAACGCUCCGCUGGCAGCUGCACUGAUCGAUCAUCAUAGAACGUCAUCAAAAACGUGGAUACAUCACCCAGAAAUUGUAGCAACUGCACGUGAAGUCACCCAGCAAACAGCGAUGGCAUCGGUUACACUGGAUCAGCCUUCACCACGGCCCCUCCGGAAGCUGCAUCACCCCUUCAAGCCGGGUAUUACUAAGCCACCCAAGCCAAUGCCAACGACGUCGUCUGCUGGUGGAGCAUCUACCUUAACGUCGCAUCAUCAGUUCGCUUCCGGUACCACCGUCUCAACUCCUCCCGACAGUCCAACCCUUCCGGGGAGAACCAAGUUCAAAUGAGACUGGUGGUAGCUCCUGGCCAGCACCAGUAGCGAAGAAGAUUUAACCACUGUGGUGGAGCCGCAACCGAUGCGGGGUACCAUGGAAAAGGUUGGUAUUUCGGCUUGUUUCUGCGGAAAGUAAACUAGACAACAUUCGAUCGUUCCAUGCGUUCCCUCCAACGGGGUGGGAACCGUAUUAUUUUUUUGUUGGGUGAAUGCUUCAUGACAGCAGAUAGACGGAAAACGGACAACACAAAAACGUAGCUUUAAAAAUUGGUUACAACUAUUGCAGCAACAGCAACUGAAAACACCUAAAGAUAAAAUAAUCAAAACAACAUGUAUCAAAACUUACGAUUGUGAGAUAAAAAGCGUCCACUUUUAUUAUUAUUAUUACUUCUACAAUUAUUGACAUUUUUUGUUUGAUUUUAUUGCUAAUAUUUAAAACAUUGUUAUGUUUAAUUUAUCUCUUAACCAACGUUCGAAUGAAGCUGAGGUGGAUAAAAUGUGGUGCUUUCGUUCGGCAUCCUAAUCUGACACCCUGGCAUCCUGGUGCCCGUCCUCAUGUCGUGCAAGGUGGUCCGAAAUGCACUCACGAUCAUUUAUGCCACACCUUUUGUUAAUUAAGUUAAACCAAAAUUCAAAGGGACGAAGGGAUGUGAUCUAUUUUUAUACUAACAAAACUAAAGAGAUCGUGAUUGCCGGACCUCUAGUAGACAUUACACCUGGCCAUCUAAUGCCGUGGGUACCAUUUAUACACACAAGCACACACACACACACACACACCAACAUAAUAGAAUGAUUAUUAUUAUUAGUGGGAUCUGUUAAGAAAGUGUAUAAUCUUUGACCUUCCGCACUUGAAAAGUAUUAAAUAUUAUGGCUGAAGCAACUAUGACAGGUCAACACGAUACAAGACAUGAACAAUUUCGCAGUCGUUGAAUUUCCAAUUACAACAGUUAAGCUACUUAGUUGCACUCUUUCUUUCGUUCCAUAAUCUUUAUUUAUUAAUAAACGUAAGCUAUAAAAUGAUUCGAAGAUGUUACUUUUUACAUGUUUAAAACGGAGAAAAAAAGGAUAUAAGCUAAACUUAUUGAUAUAUACAUACACAUAUACCUAAGAGGGUAAUUGAAACAAAAUAUUUUAUGAAAAUAAAAACAUCCACACACGCAUACAUGAUGGGAUAGUUACACACCAACGUGAGAAGUGUACAGUUUUUGAUAUGAACAGUCAGCUAUUGCGAUCGGUAACAUGGUAGGAUGUGGUCAUAUGAACCAGUCGUUGUACGAAAACUAACAACAGUUUAAAAUGUAACUCCAAGUAGCGAAUAUUUUGCUUUAUCUUCUCCCAAUCUACUCCCGUUAAAAUGUACGUUCCGAUUGAACCCAAUUCGCGUUGUUGUAUUUGGGUAACUUAAUAUAAAAUAAAUAAAGAAGCUAAACACAA